GUAGCAUUGUUGACUGUGUUCAGAGUCGGUACCGGGAACCGAGCAGAACCGACCCGAACCGACCCAAGACGAUAGUCAAGAUGGCGCGGUUCUGCAUUGGCGCUUUUGUCGCUACAUUGUUGUUUACAGCCUGUUCGAACACUGUGCAGGUAUGGUGAGUUCAAGUCAUGCCGCCACUAAGGAUGAAACGGUUACCGGUUUCACGAUAAAACUCUUCAACGUCAAAGGUAAAGAGGCAUGGGAUUACGUGGACGUCCGUGAUGGAGCUCAUAUGUUCUGGUGGCUUUACUACGCCAACAGCUCGUCAGCCAGCUUUCAGGAUCUGCCGCUGGUCAUGUGGCUUCAGGGGGGUCCUGGCGGAUCAAGCUGUGGUUUUGGAAACUUUGCCGAGAUCGGACCUCUUGACACCAACCUGAAGCCGAGAGAAACCUCCUGGGUGAACGCAGCGAGUGUUUUAUUCGUGGAUAAUCCAGUCGGAACUGGUUACAGCUACACGGACUCUUACGGUGCUCUCACUAAAGACGUGGCGAUGGUAGCGUCGGACAUGAUGGUCCUCCUGCAGCACUUCUUCUCCAAAAAACCCGAAUUUCAGAGUAUCCCUUUCUACAUAUUUUCCGAGUCUUAUGGAGGAAAGAUGGCAGCUGCUGUUUCACUGGAGCUCAACAAGGCCAUUCAGAAAGGUUCCAUCAAGUGUAACUUUGCAGGCGUGGCACUAGGAGACUCGUGGAUUUCACCUCUAGAUUCUGUUCUGACAUGGGGACCCUAUUUGUACAGCACUUCCCUGCUGGAUGAUUUUGGGCUGGGUGAGGUGACGCGAGCGGCUAAAGAUGUUCAGAAGGCUAUUGUGCAGGAACAGUACGACACUGCCACCGAGCUGUGGGGCAUCGCCGAGAACGUCGUAGAACAGAACACCAACGGAGUGAAUUUCUACAACAUCCUCACUCCGAGCAGUGACCAGUUCAAAUCCAGCACCGAAAACGAAGGCUAUCUCUCCGCUUUAAAACGGCGCCAUGUCCGACCUCUGCAUGGCCAGUCACUCGAUGAGCUGAUGAAUGGACCAAUCAGGGAGAAGCUUGGCAUCAUUCCCAAAAACGUGACAUGGGGAGGCCAGGCUGGACAGGUGUUUUCCAGCAUGUCCGGAGACUUUAUGAAGCCCGUGAUCGACAUUGUCGAUGAGCUUUUGGCGGCAGGAGUGAACGUGACCGUCUACAACGGCCAGCUGGACUUAAUCGUGGACACCAUGGGUCAGGAGCUUUGGGUUAAAAAGCUGAAAUGGGAUGGACUUGAAAAGUUUAACCAGAUGAAGUGGACAGCGCUGGAAGACCCCCAAUCGACAGGACAAACCGGAGCUUUUUAUAAAACCUACAAGAACUUUGCUUUCUACUGGAUCCUCAAAGCUGGACACAUGAUCCCGUCUGACCAGGGCCCGAUGGCACUGAGGAUGUUGAAGAUGGUGACGCUACAGGAAUAAAAAAUAGCUGCUUGUGCAUUUUUAGACAAUCAACACACUUGACCAAAAUCAGUGCUUCUUUUUUUUUUCUUUUUUUUUUUUCUGGCUUCACACCAAAAUUCCGUCUCUGAUGACCCUCUUGUGUUUGAUCAAACUGACUUUUAAAAAAAAAUUGUUUUAACUGGAUAAUCUAUCUGAAAUAAAUGUUUUUUUGUUCUA